AUGGUGGUCGACCGCUCUGCCACGACUGGCAGCGGGUCCAAGGAUGCACUGCCACCAGACACGACAAUUGUCACAUCUGUUCAGGGUGUGGCCAGAACACACAUGGCGCUCAGCAAUGUCCUCGAGCAGAGAAAGCAUAGAGCCCUUACACCGUACAAUGCAAAUGCGUGGGAGAGUCAACUAUGCACAGCAGGACUUCUCGGACGAUACAAGAACCUACCGGACGGGUUACGAGUUGGUUUCAGGAUCAACAUUCCUCAAAUCACUCGUACUCAAGACCCUCCAAAUAAGGAAUCGAUCGUCACAUUUGCUCCGGAGUUCCUUAAGAUCGUUAAUGCCGAGAUCGCCAAAGGCAGGUACAUUGGACCAUUCUCCCGUACAGAUCUUGAGCACCUCAUUGGACCCUUCCAAUCAUCGCCCUUAUCCAUCAUCCCAAAGCCUGGCCAGCCUGGCCGGUUUCGCAUUGUACAGAAUUACUCAUUCCCUCACACGCCAUCCCUUCGUUUUCCCAAUCCGUCCAUUAACUCCACCAUUGACUCAGAUCUAUUUCCAAGCACUUGGGGAACCUUUAAUGCUAUAUGCCUACUCAUUCGUCGUCUACCGCCGGGCUCUCAGGCUGCAAUGCGAGAUGUUGCCAAAGCUUAUCGUACAAUACCACUCCACUAUAGUCAAUGGCCGGGAAGUGUGGUACGGACGAACAAGCGUGAACUAUGCCUUGAUACUUGCACAUGUUUUGGUGUCUCCCCAUCGUCAGGCGUAUAUGGCUAUCUCGCAGAUGCUGGCACUGAUCUAUUUAGAUCUCAUGGCAUGUCACCUUUAUCAAAAUGGGUCGAUGAUCACUUAUUCGUCCGCGUUCUGUGUGAACACCUUGCAUGGUACAAUCAGCAACGUCAGAUUUGGCACACCGGGCUGUCACAGUGGGGAAGACAUCACAAUGGAGGACGAAUAUGGUACGGUGGACGGCGCUUCGAGGAUGGCACGCUCGAAGAGUUUGAUGAAGAUUGCACAUUCCCAUGUCGCGACCUGUCAGCACAAUCACCCAGAUCAGAAGAUGAUGCAAAGUAUACAUACAAUUUUGCGGACAUCAAUGAGCUGUCCAAGGAGUUGGGUAUUCCGUGGGAAUGCAGUAAGGACGUACCAUUUGCAACAACAGCAGUCUUCACCGGUUUGGUAUGGGACCUGGAACACAUCACUGUCAGCCUUUCGACGGAGAAGAAAGAGAAAUAUCUCCGAGCUAUCCACGACUGGCAAGAACAGACGAUGCACACACUCAAUGAUGUCCAGAAGAUCUACGGGAAACUUCUCCACGCCUGCCUGGUGGUACCAAGGGGACGGGCUUACCUCACCACACUGGAGACCAUGCUCGGGACAUGCCAUGAUCGUCCAUUCGUGCACUAUUCCCCCGUUAAAGGCAUCAGUGCAGAUCUCCAAUGGUGGAGUACCCUUCUCCAAUCAGCCGUGCUCACAAGACCAAUUCCAGGGCCCGUACAGCUCACUGACCUCGGAGCAUUCUCGGAUGCAAGCUCUGGCAUCGGGAUUGCCAUUGUCAUCAAUGGGCAAUGGAGGGCAUAG